UUAUUUACUAGACUGAUAUUAGGUAAUCUAGGUCUCCUUUCAUACCUAUCUCUACAUAUUACAAGCCGCCCCACCCGGCCCUAACAGCCCCCUAGUUCAAUCAAAGUUGUUUAGACACCUUAACUUACGCACGCAUCCGUGAGGUUAUUACUUACAUUUAAAUUUAACGGUUUUAUUAGAACGUCUUUGAAUUUUUAAAUUUAGAACUGUUGUUUUUGAAUCAAUAUUAGAACAUUUUUAGACUUAAAUUAGAUUUUCUGAAGAAACGUUUUUAUAAGCUUCUUUAUUAUUUAGAAAAAGUGUAUUUAAAUAGGUUUAGUAAAAUUGGUGAUAAUGAUAAACGCGGUGCCGCUUGCUUGCUUCCUGUCUAUGAUACGGCCGCCCGGCGUACAAUUUGACAACGCGUUACUCCAAAUAGCCCCCGUGGACAAGACCAAGUGUCCCCUGGUCCGGGACUCGACUGACGUGCAGUUCCGCCUCUACACCAGGUACAACCCGACCCAAUACCAAGAGCUGAUCAUCGGUGAUGAUGAGAAACUCUUCGCGUCCCACAUGAACUUUAAAGAAAAGACCGUGUUAUACUUCACAGCGUUCAUGGAAGAACCUGACGAUGGAAGCGGGUUGUUGGUCCGCGAAGCAUAUAUGUUACGAGGCGACGUGAACUUCAUAAUUCUGGACGUGUCCCAACUGGAGGCUGGUCCUUGGUACUUCACCGCGGCGGACAACACUUGGUACAUCGGUCGUUUUGCUGCUAAAUUCAUCGACUACCUAGUUUCCAGAGGCUUGGAUCUGUCGAAGACACAUCUGGUCGGGCACAGUUUGGGUGCGCACGCGGCGGGGGUGGCGGGCGCAUACAUAACUUCAGGUCGCGUCUCAAGAAUCACCGGUUUGGACCCCGCCGGGCCGCUUUUCACUAAGUUACCGCUCGAACAGCGCUUGGACCCCUCGGAUGCCCACUUUGUAGAUGUCAUACACACUGACGCUGGGAUAUUUGGCUUCCCAGUUUCCUUAGGACAUGCGGACUUCUACCCCAACGGUGGGAUCAGCCCACAGCCGGGCUGCGAGCUGGAAGUGGUUCUACAUCAGCAACAGUUCUUCAACAAAUGUGACAGAAACAUGAAAACGCAAGGGUACUACACAUUUGACUUACUACCCGUCAAAGCAGACGCGAAGAAUCUGUCAAAAAGAACUGACAUACACAAACAUAAAACACAAAUGAUACAACUGGAUUCAACAUAUGAAAAUAACAUGAGACAAAUACCACAAAAAGACAUAAAUGAUGACUCACACUCGAUUAAUAAUUUGAGAAGAAUGACAUUAAACCAAGACAAAGUAAACAAGAAAGCACACAAAUAUGAUAUGAACAAUAAAGACUCUUACAAAGCAACUACAUUUGUUCCUAAUGAAAAUAUAAAUGUAGAUAAACAUGAAACAGAUAUAGAUUCGACAUCUGAUGAAGAAACUUACGAAUCGAGCUUCGAUUUAACGGCAGAAGAGGCAGAUUUAGAAACUACACUGACACGUUUUAAAUUAAAAAACAUAGACAAUAAAGAAAAGACUACAAAACAUAACAAGUAUCAAGAUAUCAAUAUAAAAAGAACAACAUUAAUAGACUCAUUUGAAAACUCAAAUUUAGGCUUGAAUUUAAAAGAGACAUACUCAAUUUCCGAUUUAAACACAACUAAAGCAAAAUCAAAUGUGAAAAAACGUCAAAAAAGAUUCAUAAACAUCUUCCAAAAAUCAGAGGCAGCCGAAAACGAAAACUUCCUAUUUAAAAUUUUGGAAUUCUUGAAUAAGAAUCGUAGACAUGCUUUACCUGUCUUCACGGUCAUGAGAGAAAUAAAUACUUUGGUCAAAAGUGCUAAUGGAGAAUUGAAUCAUUCGACUAAGGAAAGGAAUAAUUAUAUAGGACUUAAUCCUCCCGUGUUGCCUUUGGCUACUUAUAAUUUGGAGUUGGGCAGCGAUUCGAAAGUGAAGGCUUUUGUGAAAAGGUUGCUAGGGUUGAAGGUCGAGGGAGAUCGGUUGACUAUCACUGGGAAAUAAAAAUUAAUCUACAUUCCGACGAUAAAAAAACCAAAUUAAAUUUGGAGGAGUUAUGGUAGUUUAUGUGACUGCUACAUAAUGAAAGGUAUUACAAUACGGGUGUGGGUUUUUGAAACGGAUGAAAUGAGUUUCAUAAAAGGAUCACACAAGUGUUUUAAUGCCUAAUUAUGUACAGUUACACUACUUUUAUCUACAAACAAUGUGUGUAUAUAUAUUAUAGGCUCUCUGAAGUAUAUUGCCACCACAGAUACAGGUUUCUUAAUAUAGGCAGUUAGAUUAUCGUUUCUGAAUAUAUUAUAGGCAGGUUAGGACAUGGAUGUAGAUAAACAUAUUUUAUACCAUUCAGACAAAACAAAAUGCUGCAUUUACAUGGUGGGAAACAGCUAAGGUGCAAGACGCACUUAUGCAGCAGAAUGAGAUGCAUAUAUGAUAGUUUGACCUUUGAAACAUCAUCUAAAGCCUACUAUAUAAAGAUAUACUUAAACAUGUUAAGGCUUAGUGUAAGCUUCUGCAGUUGAUUAUCAUACUGUAUUAUAGUAAAGUUUGUGAAUACGUCACUUUUUAAUCCCCGACGCAAAAAUGUAUUUGACGCUAAUGUCUGUCUGUCUGUGGCAUUGUAUCGGAUGCACCGAGUUCUAUGCGGUUUUUUUACGUGAAAGCGAGUUUACUUGCCGUGUUUCUGAACUAUAUUUGAUAGAAAUUCAUCCAGCAGUUUGAAAUUAGUGGCAUAAAAUGGAUUUUUUUGGUAUUUAGCAUAGGGCUUUUUUUAUUUUAAUACAAUAUUUAGUUAUAGCACAUACUAUGUGCUGAGGCAACUAUUUAAAAGCGAUGAUUCAUUUCACGUGGCAAAACUGCGAACUUUCGAGGGCUUAGAUCUUUUACUAUUUGACGUUUGUCAGCUUUUAAGCAACUAUUAUAUGUCCCAUAUAAGCGAGCGCCUCUGUCAUGUACACAGCCUAUACACCUAGCUUAAGCGGGUCUCUAUUGUUAUCCAUAAAGUCUUAAGUCAUCAUGUAUUGCUUAUCCGCAUUUUGGUUAGUCAUAUUAUGUUUUUUUCUCAGAAACCCGUAACUUUUCAGGAUUGCCAUAAAACAAACCUAACCUAUUUAAAGGGUAACCUUACGAAAAUCCUGAAAAGUUAACGGUUUCAAAGUUAUGACUAAUGAUAAUCUGACAAUCAUUACAUUAUGACUUACAAUAAUUAUAUCAAACAAUACGGGAUACGGGCUUAUGCAUGAGCAAUGUGAUUAAAAGCACAAACAUUGUUUUAAGCAUAAACGAGGCAAUGUAAAUUAAUUAAUUAAGUAAAGUAUUCAUGAAUAAAAGUAUUUCCAAUUAUUUAUUAUAAUUCAAGAUACGUUAUAGGCGUUCCAAAUAUGAAAUGCCUUGCGAAAAAUUGUACAAGUUGCUUUUAGUCGCACCUGGGCAAGAGAGAAAUAUGCACGUGCUAACGAGCUCCCGCUCACCGAAAGAGAAAGAGACAAUCUCAUAUUUAACAACGAGUAUGACAAAGAUGAAUGGAAUGCGAAAAUAAAUCAAAAAUUAAAAAUUUCUUCGUAGGUAUAGAAAUACAUAAGUAUUUUUUGUGCUAAGAAUAAAUAAUAGUACUACCGUACAGAAAGGAAACUCCCUACAAAGCCGAUGCAUGUUGUCCCUUUCUAAUGUAUGGAGCUAUCCCUUUCGGCUAUUAAGGGUUGUCACAAUUCAUGUGUAAUUAUCUUAUCCGUGUCUGUGCACGCCAAGGGACGUCAAGUUGUGCCAACCCUAAUAAUUGCUCGGAGCAAUGCUGAGCCGAACGGAGCCGAGAAAACCCGAACGCUCUAGUUUCCUUCUCCUGGUAUGAGUAUAACAUAUUUAUAUAUAGAUAUAUAAUAUCUUUGUCUAUAAACGGAGAAUUCUCAGUAGCUUCGUCGGUAGAGCGGCGGUCGGGAAACUUUUAAAUUAAAGAAUCUUUUAACGCGAUAGGGAGCGUGCAUAAACUGUAGGGGGCAGCACGGGAGACGUCAGAUUUUUAGCGCGAGGUGUAAAUAUGAAGUUUACGCUUACAAUGUAGCCCAUAAUAUGGCACUACUAUGCAUAUGAAAACGUACUUGAACGGUAGAUGGCAGCACUUGCUUUGGCGUGAAGUGUCAAUGUACAGUCAACCAAUUUGAUUCCUAGGCCACUAUAGAACCAUGCCAUAAUGACUUCUACGACAGUGCUUAUUGAGUGAUGCGUGUCAAGUAUCUAGUAAUUAAAGCGACAAGGUUCUAUAGUUGCCUAGGAUUCAAAUUGGUUGACUGUACAUGCUUAUGGUUCCGAUUCAGGCCACAAGAUGGCAGACCUUCCAACGCGCACGGUCCCAAAUGCAGCACCUAAAUUACUACAAUAUUUUCGAUAUCUGAUAAUAAUUAUUAGAGAUGCAACGAAUAGUGGCUUAGCCGAAUACCGAAUAUCCGGCUAAGCCAUCGGCCGAAUAGCCGAAUAUUCGGCUGAAAGAUUUACCUAAAAUGAAUUAAAUUCGAAACGCGCGCGUGCGUGCGCUGUGCAAGUUGCAACUUGUUUCUCGCUGUAGGCAGUCUUUUAUAGAAAUUGCGCUUAUUCUACACGCAGUGCGUAUUGAAUUGCGCACAUUGCGCCGCGUUAGUUUUUGUCGUGUGUGUAAAAAAAAUUAUUUUGUAAUAUUUUUCUCAUGUUUUUGUACUAUCUAUGAAUUUAAAGGUAGUCUGGAAGAUUAUACUGAUCUUAAUAAUUGAUUACUUGUAGUUUGUUACUUUUUUAUCUGCGUGUUAACUUACUAUUCGGUAUCCGGCCGAAUACUAUGCCAUUCCUCGCCUGUCUGCCAACAAACCAUACUCUGGUUUGGCGGAAGUUGUGAUUUAGUUUUAAGGUUUGUCUUUUGAAUAAACAUUUAUUUCAUUAAAAAAAAAACAUUUAUUUCAUUAUUCGGUAUUCGGCCGUGAUAUUGAGGCCGAAUAGGCCGGAUACCGAAUAAUGGCCGAAUAUUCGUUGGCUCUCUAAUAAUUAUCUGAUCCUAACAACACUCAUGUGCCGUUUCUUGCAGGCUACGCGGUAACUUUUACCUGAUGACUCGUCGCCAAUCCCCCUUCUCCAUUGAAUAAAUAUAUUCAUAUAAGUUUUAGUUAUAUUCAUAAGAUGUACAUUAUUUAAAAUAUAUAUUGUUGUAGAUUUAAA